ACCGAAACGUCGGUUUCAGCGACUCGGUCACUCGACCUCGCUGGAUGUCGCUGUCGGACUUUGAUGUGAGUGCCUUAUUGAGCUCACAGCACUUGACCACGCUCGAGGCAGCGUUCGCCAGCGCCCCUAAUGGAACGUUGGACCUCACAGCGUUUGCUUUUGCGCUCACGUCGGUGCUUGGGCCGGGUCGGCUGCCGGACGACCAGCUCCGGCGGCUCUUUGAACGCAUCGACGCCAACUCGGACGGGCACGUGGAAUGGAAAGAGUGGUGUCACUUCUUUCUUAUUCUGGACCAACGCAGCAUCAACUUGGAGCGCGAUGCCAACCGCGCCGAGCUCCGGCCGUCGCUUGAAGUCGUCUCGUCGACGGCGCACGAUAGCCCGAUCUUUCGUCUCGCGCUAACCCGCUUGACGCGCCGACUUGCGCACUCGAACUACUUACGUACCGACAGCGUCUAUGUCAGUUGCACGCACGCCGGCGUGGUUUGUUUAUGGAAGGCAUCCACCCUUACUUGCCUCUACAUGUACGAGGACCUUCGGGGAAGCUACGUGACCGACAUGUGUGUCUUCUCGUUCAACGGCGGCGCCUACGCGGCUAUGAGCCGCGUCGAUCGAUCGAUCCAAGUGGUUGCGCUUACAACGGGAGCGAUUGUGUUGUCGCUACCGCAUCUUGGUGACACAGCCAUGUGCCUCACGAUGUAUGAACAUGCCCACGCCUGCCGGCUCGUGUUUGGUGACAUGGCCGGACGCCUCCACAUCACGCCUAUCUUGCCGUGCUAUACAGCCUCGUUGACCGAGCAUCUGGCCGUGCAUACGGACUGGGUGACCAAGGUGGUGUUCGAGCCGACGUUGCAUGCACUCCUGACGGCGUCCGUGGAUGGCGCCAUUCACUGCAUUCGCGUGCCCGACCAUACGCUGCUGCAGUCAUUCACGCAGCAUAGGGGUGGGGUCUAUGCUCUUUUGUCGGUGCCGACAUUGACGUUCGUCGCCAGCUCUGGUGCGGGCAACGACAUUUGCCUCUGGGAACCGGUCUCCACGAACGUGCUCGCUACGCUGGCGGGCCAUGCGGCCCCCGUCUACGAAAUGACUGUGAACGCCGCCGCAGGCAAGCUCUUUUCACUCGCCAAGGACAAGACGAUCAAGGUCUGGGACUGUUACAGCUACGAGUGCACGCAGACGAUCGUGGAUGCCAACCUGUACUUUCCGCACGACCUCGUCGAAUGCAUACUUUGGGACUGCGACUUGCAGCACCUCGUAUCGACGACAACGCAGCUCCGCGUGUGGCCCACCGAUAUGGUGCUCAAGCACACGGUGCGUCACCGCCGCAGCCAUGACGUCGCCAUUACGUGUGCCGCGUAUUCGGCGCUAUUGCAUCAAGUGGCGUCGGCCGACGUCAACUCGGUUGUGAAUACGUGGGAUGCCGCCACGGGCAAGCUCGUUCUCCGGAUGCCGCGCGCCCACGACAAUGAGCGGAUCACCGCCAUGUCGUAUGAUAGACGAGGCAAGCGGCUCAUUACAGGGGCCGCCGACGGCUCGGUGCGCAUCUGGAACGGCAGCAACGGACAACUUCUCUCGCAAUGGCACCACGCUGACGCCUGCAGCGUCGUCGCUCUGCUCUUUGCGCAGCCGAUCCUACACACGACGUCGCUCAACACGAGCUGCUUUGUCUUGGUCGCCGGCGACGACAGUCAAGUGCGCUUCUUUGAAGAUACCAAGGCGCUGAACAUUGCACCGAGCAUGACGUGGCCAGAUGCCGACGACAACCAGCAGCGAGGACACGCUGAGGUUAUCACAGCCAUGUGCUGGCUCCCAGCCAAGGUUGGGCUCGUCGUCUCGGCGAGUCUGGACGGCACCAUUUGCAUUUGGUCGCUGCACACGCGACGCACCCAAGACCGACUACACCUCUCAUACGCCCGAGUGGAUCAGUGCCCGGACGCCGUGCCGUCGUCGCCAGUGUUGUGUGAACAUGCCGUGUCGGUGGUAUCGCAUCCCCUCAUCAACGGGUUUGUCACGGGUGGCAACGAUGGGCGUAUUGACUUUUGGUCGACAAAAUUGGCAACGAUUCGACACUCGAUUUUUGCGUCUUUGGAGGGCCAUGCGGAGGCGAUAGCGAGCCUCGCAAUCGACGUCUCGGGCUCGCUACUGCUAGCGGGGUACGCCCACGGCGUGCUGCAGGUCCACUCGAUAUACGAUGUACCCAAGCAUUUCACCACCGCGGGCUCCCCACCAUUGGGUAUUCCGCGCUUCUUGCACGCGCGCGAGCAACAUUGGGUGGCGCACCAUGCCUCCGUUGUAUUUGUUGCAUUUGCAAAGACCAUGGUGGUCUCGGCGGCAAAAGACGGCCGCGUACUGCUCUCAUCGUGGCAAGGCGGUCUCGUGCUCAGUACCUUUGGCCAUGAUACGCUUCCUGUCGCAUUGGACGCGCCGCAAAAUCUGAGUGUGACGAGCGAGGCGACAAGCGAAGACAAGCCGCCCGCACUGUUGCAACGCACCAAAGCUCGACGGCUACCCCACCCCCCACCCAGCGAGACGCCACGCCGUCCGCAGCCGUCGACGAUGCUGUCGCGGCCGAGCGUGGUCAAGUGCCAGCGUGUGCUCUCGCCUCGGGAAGCCUCUCUGGCGGCGAGUAACCAACUGACGUUGCACGCGAUCACGAUCGUGCCAGAGACACUCGAGCGCAUCGUCCACAAGCGGCAUCGCGAGGUGGCACGCGACCCCGACGGGUGCCACUAGCUCGUCGUCGUCGUCAAGUCCUUGCAAUGGGAAUUCCGUUUUUCACCAAAUUUAUCGAUCACUGCGCCUUGUUGUGAAGGGCAAUGCGACGCCAUUUUCAAAU